UGUUACAUGUUCUUGUUAAACUCAGACUUCAGAGAGAGAGAAAGAAAGUGAAAUGGAGUAGUUCUGUUCAUUUUUUGUGGUCUUCAGGGUUUGUCAGGUCAAGAUUUGAUAUGGACUUCACGGAUUCUACAAAAGUUGUCUUUAAUAGAAUACAGAAACUAGAACCCGAAAAUGUUUCUAAGAUUGUUGGUUAUCUCCUGUUGCAAGAUCAUGGUGAGAGGGAGAUGAUUAGAUUAGCAUUUAGCCCGGAUAAUGUUCUACUGUCUUUGAUUGACAAAGCGAAAACUGGAUUGUUAUCCAAUUCGGUAGCUUCUCUUUCAGCUUCACCUCCUCAAAUGAGCCCUGUACCAAUAUCAGAGGUUCCCUUGCAGUUUACUCCCUUUCCACCAUCCCAGUCAUUUUCAUCUCUCAGUUCAGCGAUUAGAGUACUGAAUCCCUACUGGGAUCCCCAAAUUUCUGCUGAGCAGAUGGCACUUCGUAACUUGGAAUAUGUCCCAGUAGGGUACUCAGAAUCUCCUCCUGAUGAUUAUCGCUUUCAGAACCAACUUCAGUUUUUCUCAUUAGAAGAUCAAAUGGAUGUGGGGAACUCAAAUCAGUCUGACGCUUCAGGUAGUUACUAUCUGCCUAAAGCUGCAGUCGGCCCGAGAGCCAGCAGAAGGUCGCCAAGUAUGCCUGAGUUUCCGGUCAAGGUCUGCCACUAUUUCAGUAAAGGAUUUUGUAAGCACGGAAGCAACUGUCGCUACUUUCACAGCCACCUGAUACCAGAAAGCUUUGGCCAAAUGUUCAAUCCGAGUACGAACGAAAUCACAAAUGAAGAUCAAGACUUUUCACUACGAUCACUUGAGAAGCUAGAAAUGGAGAUCACUGAACUUUUAAAAUCGAGAAGAGGGUUCCCAGUUUCUAUUGCUUCCUUGCCGAUGUUGUAUUAUGAAAAAUAUGGAAAGACCCUUCAGGCUGAGGGGUAUCUUACAGAGAGUCAGAGACAUGGCAAAGCUGGCUAUAGCUUGACUAAGCUUCUUGCCCGACUGAAGAACAGCAUUAGACUUAUAGACAGACCUCACGGUCAGCACUGUGUUAUACUAGCAAAAGAUUUUCCGAAGUACAUGGAAUCCAAUGGAGAACGAAAUGAGCAUGGAGGAAUCCUUGCUGGCUCUCGCCAAAUAUAUCUAACUUUUCCAGCUGAGAGCACUUUCUCUGAGCAAGAUGUUUCCAACUACUUCAAUAAAUAUGGUCCUGUUCAAGAUGUUAGGAUUCCUUGCCAGCAGAGGAGAAUGUUUGGGUUUGUGACUUUUGUUUACUCGGAGUCAGUUAAACAGAUUCUGGCUAAAGGGAAUCCCCAUUUUGUAUGUGGAGCACGUGUUCUUGUAAAGCCUUACAGGGAAAAGUCAAGGCUUUCUGAGAGGAAGUGUACUGAAAAUUUUUACCAUUCCAUGCACUACGGGUCUCAUAUUCUUGAUGCAGAAUCUGAUAUACAUUCAACAGGUCACAAAUUUAAUGAUAAUUCAAGGAUCCUGAGGAAGCAAGCUAUGGAAGAAAAUGAAUGUCUACUUGAGUUUGAGAGAAUGCGCUUCUCUGAAAUGCAGUUAGCAGCUAAAUCUGUGAACCCUCAUUCAUACUUUGGUCAUGUAAACGAAAUGAAGCUCUCUGAAGCACAUGAAGACCAAUCGGAUUUACCAUCUACUGAAGGAUUUAAUUAUCUGUUGGAUGUUCUGAAUAAUGGUUCCGGUACUAGUGAAGAGACGAUUAGGUGUAUAGAGACCAAAUACAACGAUCAUGAGAGCAAUCAGGGACUAAAUCUUCCGGAUAGUCCAUUUGCAUCUCCAGUAGCCGGUGGAAUUUCAACCGUAUCAUAGGUUCAGGAAUAGAAGAGGUUAUAAGUAUACAGAGGACAGACAAUUCAAGCAAAACCAGGUGCUUCGAUACUACUACAGAUGACUAACUACAAUUUCAUUCUAGUCUUGAAGAUUCUUGUUUAUUUAAGUUAGAUACUCAGUCGGUCAUGGAGGAGCAGAUGAUUUCGCGUCUUCCUGCUGAACUAUAGGGAAGAAGAAGAUUGGUACAGUCUUACAGACAAUUUGCAACAAGUUUAUUUUUUUUUUUUAGCUCGAGUCUUGAGUAGACUUGUGAGUAAAAUCUUACCUAGUAAGCGAACUAUGGAAGUAGCAUUACAAAAGACAUGCAGUCUCUUGAGCAGUUAGGAAAAAAAAUGAGAAUAAUAGUUAUACACAAUGGAUAUUCAAGUAGGCUUCAUAAAUGGUUUGAUCUAUCAUGUAUGCUUUGCAGUA